AUCUUAAAUACUUGCUGACUUUACAAGACGUCGCGUGGUUCAAAAAGAUAAGAAAAAUAGAAAUUCGUCAUGAGUUUUUGGAAAAUAUUGUUAGAGGCUCUGUUAACCCUUGUCCACAUCAUAACCGAUCGCCUGUUGGAGUUUGCCCUGGGCUGGUAUCUGGGUCCACAGAAGCGUGUCGCAACUCUUCCAAAUGUGGACCAACAGGUCAUAUUGACCAAGAGCGCCGUUGAGCUGGCAAAACAAAUACGCGAACGCAAGCUAAAAAGUUACGAUAUCGUCAAAGCCUAUUGCGACCGCAUCGAAAUUGUGAAUCGUGAACUGAACGCCGUCGUCGAUGGACCCUUUGUGAAGGAGGCACUGGAGCAGGCGCGCGUUAUCGAUGCGCAGCUGGCGGCGAAUCAUUAUACAGAUGACCAGCUGCUGGCGCUGCCCUUUCUGGGCGUACCGUUCACCACCAAGGACAGUACCUCUGUGGCCGGCAAGCUGCACACCUUGGGCCUGCUGGCACGCAAGGAUGUGCGGGCCACGCAUGAUGCGGAGUGUGUACGGCUGAUGAAGCAAAGCGGCGCCAUUAUUAUAGCCACCAGCAAUGUGCCGGAGGUGAAUAAGUGGAUCGAGUCGCGCAAUAUGCUAAUUGGCGGCACCAAUAAUCCCUACGAUCUGAGGCGAUCCGUGGGCGGUUCCUCGGGCGGCGAAGCCGCUUUAAUCUCAGCCUGCUGCACUGGCUUUGGCCUGGGCACCGAUAUAGGUGGCUCCAUACGCAUUCCGGCCUUUAAUUGUGGCAUUUUCGGGCACAAGCCCAGCGCGGGCGCCGUUAAUAUGGCCGGCUGCACCUUUCGCACCGGCAAGGAGCAGGAGACAAUGGUCUGUGCGGGUCCCAUGACGCGCCAUGCCAGCGAUUUGCGGCCCAUUAUGAAGGUGCUGCUGGAGCCAGCACUGCACAGUGUGCUCAAGCUGGAUGAGCAGGUGGAUGUGAAGAGUCUGCGCUACUUUUAUGUGCCCAGCAUUGGGAUGCGCCAGUGCAAUCCCAUCAAUCGCGAAACGGAGCGCAUCAUGUACAAUGUGCGCAAGCAUUUUGAGUCGCUGACCGGAAAGGAGGUGCGCUUGACGAAGCUGCCGGAGACGCAGCUGACCGGCAAAAUGUGGCGCUACUGGAUGACCCAGGAGCCGGCCAACUUCAAUCAGCUGCUGGGCAACGGCGUCGAGCUGAAUCCGUUUGUGGAGCUAUUCAAAAAGUUGCUGGGUCAGGGCGAAUACAGUAUGGCGGCCAUUUACUCGCUGCUGGAUAACAUCUUGCCCAAGGAGAACGAGGCGUUGAUGCGCAAGGCAACCAAAAAGUGCAAGGCAGCGCUGCAAGAGCUGCUGGGUGAGAACGGAGUGCUGAUCUUUCACAGUUCUCCACGCACGGCACCCUUUCAUUACUAUCCACUGGUCAAGUUUAUGGACUUCAGCUACUUCAGCCUGUUCAAUGUGCUGCGUUUGCCGGCGACGCAGGUGCCCAUGGGUCUGGAUGCGCAGGGCAUGCCCCUGGGCAUACAGGUGGUGUCCAAUCACAACAAUGAUCGCCUGUGCUUGGCUGUGGCCGAGGAGCUGGAGCGCGCCUUUGGCGGCUGGGUUGCGCCGUUUCCAUUAAAGCGCUGAAAGGUUGUUAGUAAUAUUAACAAAUACUCAUACAGGUGUUGGUAAUCCCUAAGGCUGUUUUCCGAACAAAAUAUUAUUAAAC